AUGAAUGGGCUGUAUACUCCCAUCGCUGGGGACCUCACGGUGGCCAGCGACCCAUUCCGAGGGGCGUCCACCACUUUGCAGGAGCACCGGAACGAGGAGCUGCACGACCUGCAGGAGGCGGCCCUGACCAGGAAUGCCAAGCCCAAGCCCUCCGUAGUGACGGAGGGGCCCUUUGGGCCGGAUGGGGCCGCGUCCUGGCGGCGCCUCGUACGCCGCAAGUCGAUGCGGGAGGCUCUGGUGCUUGAGAUCAGCAGGCAGGCCAAGGAGGAGGAGGACCAGGUGAUGAGCCUGAUGAUUCGGGUGCGCCAGCGCUUUGACCAAGCCGGCGUGCCCAUGCAAGACGUCCAGAUCCGCUUCCGCAACCUGUCGGUGGUUGGCAUGGCGGCGGUCAAGCACCCCACGCGGUCAGCCAAGGGGCUGCUGCAGCUGCGGCACGCCCUCAGCGGCAUCCCCACCCGCGGCAUGCGGGAGGUACGUGUGCUGGACGGCAUCUCCUCUGUGCUGAAGCCAGGGCGCCUCACGCUGCUGCUGGGCCCGCCUGGCAGCGGCAAGACCUCCCUUAUGAAAGCCCUCUCAGGGCAGCUGAAGCGGGACAAGGGGCGCAAGGUUGUGGCCGACGAGCUGACCUACAACGGGCUGUCCUUUGGGGAGUUUGUGGUGGAGAGGUCUGCGGCCUACAUCAACCAGAACGACAUCCACUUUGGGGAGCUGACGGUCACGGAGACCCUGCGCUUUGCCGCGCUGUGUCAGUCCUCACGCACCCGCGUCCCCGCCGAGAAGCUGCUGGAGGAGAAGGAGCAGGAGCUAGGCAUCAUCCCAGACCCUGCUGUCGACACCUACAUGCGAGCCAUGGGCCAAGGCUACCGCCUGGCUGCCGACAUUGCCGUCAAGGCGCUUGGCCUGGAGGGAUGCGCCAACACUCUGGUGGGCAACUCCAUGAUCCGCGGCAUAUCGGGGGGGCAGCGCAAGCGUGUGACGUCUGGCGAGAUGCUUGUGGGGCCUUCCAAAGUUCUGUUUGCUGACGAGAUCUCCACCGGCCUCGACUCGGCAACCACCUUCGAGAUCUGCAACCGCCUGCGUGCCUUGUGCCACAUUGUCAGGAGCACGAUCCUUGUAUCUCUUCUCCAGCCCACCCCCGAGACCUACGGCUGCUUCGACGACGUCAUGCUUCUGUCUGGCGGUAUUCUGGUGUUCCACGGCCCUCGGGAGCUCAUCCUGCCCUUCUUUGAGUCCCAGAGCUUCAAAUGCCCCGAUGACAAAGGCGCAGCAGACUUCCUGCAGGAGGUCACCACCGGCGGCGAGCAGCGGAUGUACUGGGCUGGGAAGGGCGAGUACAAGUAUGUGUCGGAUGCUGAGCUGGCAGACGCUUACCGGGCCACCGAGACCGGCCAAGCCUUUGCUGAAGAGCUGAAGCUGUCGCCGGAGGAGGAGGUGCAAGGGCACGGCGAGCUGGCGGUGCACACGUACGGACAGGACCAGUGGACGCUGUUCAAAGCCUGCCUCGGCCGCCAGACCAAGCUGUUCAUGCGCAACAGAGCAUUCAUCGCGAUCCGCAUGUUAGGCUGCGUGCCAGCCAUGGGUGCCAAGUUCCCCUUGCCUGUCAGGAACCUUGCAGGAGGGCAGUGCAUCAUCAUGGGGGUCGCCGUCGGCACUCUGUUCUUGCAGCAGGGCCGCGACACACUGGCAGAUGCCCAGGCGAGCAUGUACUUGAGCGUCUCCUUCUUCUCCAUCAUGACCCAGUUCAUGGUUUCCUUUGCCGCCCCCGGCCUGCUCAUCGAGCGCCUACCCACCUACUACAAGCACCGCGACGCACACUUCCACCCCGCAUGGUGCUUUGCGCUGCCCGAGAUCCUGCUGCAGAUGCCGCUCAUCGCCACGGAAGCCACCAUCUGGACGGCGAUGAUUUACUUCAUGGUCGGCUUUGUCGUCUCUGUGCGCCUGCUGGUGUUCUGGGGCAUCAUGUUUGUGGCGGGCGUCUGUGGCCUCUCCCUCUUCUUCCUGCUCGCCGUCUUUGCCAAGACGAUCACCGUGGCGGCGGCGCUGCAGAACCUGUGCAUCCUGAUCUUCACAAUCUCUUCUGGCUUCAUUGUGAAUUUUGACGAUCUGAAUGGUCCCUGGAAGGGCGUGUGGUACGCCAACCCGGUCGCCUACUUUUUGCAAGCUCUGGCGGUCAACGAGCUGGAGUGCGAGAACUGGGACACCCCCGCGCGGGGCGACUCGGGCCUCACCCAGGGGCAGCUCUUCCUGGAGCAGCGAGGCUAUUUUCUUGGAUACCACUGGGUGUGGCUGGGCCUGAUCGUCUGGGGCAUCGGCUCCACCCUGCUCAACACCUCCCUCUUCAUGACAGUCUCCUCCUUCCUCACCACUGGUGGCCGCAAGCAGGUGGCAUUCAACAGGGCCAACGAAGAUGCCAGCUCAGCAACAGGCGGGAAGGAAGUAGAGAAGGAUGCCGCAGAGCAUGCCAUUGCUGCUGCCGGCGACGCCGAGGAGGGCGGCGUGGCGCCCUCUGGCGGCGGCGGGAAGUCUGCGCUGCCCUUCACCCCCGUGCGCAUGACAUUUCAAGACCUCAAGUAUUCGGUUCCGCUGCCCUCGGUACGCCCUGGGGCGCUGGAAGCACGGCUUGAGUUCCCCCGACAUGUGCUCAGCCAACCGCAAUGCUGGCUGCAGGGCUAUGAGUCCAUCGGGGCCGACGACGAUUCGAGCGACCCGCACGCCGGCCGCCUGCUCCUGCUCAGGGGCAUCAGCGGCAGCUUCCGGCCCGGCGUGCUGACCGCGCUGAUGGGCUCUAGCGGCGCGGGGAAGUCUACGUUGAUGGACUGCCUCGGCCUGCGGAAGACGGGUGGCAAGAUCACUGGCGACAUCCGCGUGAACGGCUUCCCGCAGCAGCCUGCCACCUUCAACCGUGUGAUGGGGUAUGCCGAGCAGUUUGAUAUUCAUGUGGCAGAGGCCACAGUGCGAGAGGCCCUCAUGUUCUCCGCACGCCUGCGCCUUCCAAAAAGCGUGCCAACCACCGCCGCCGAGGCAUUUGUGGAAGAGAUGAUGGACGUGGUGGAGCUUGGCCGCCAGCGGGAUGCCAUUGUGGGGCUGCCCGGAGUGAAUGGGCUGAGCGUGGAAAAGCGCAAGCGCCUCACGAUUGCAGUGGAGCUUGUGGCCAACCCGAGCAUUGUUUUCAUGGACGAGCCCACCUCGGGGCUGGAUGCCCGCGCCGCCGCCAUUAUCAUGCGCGCCGUGCGGCGCAUCACCAGCACUGGCCGCUGCGUGGUGUGCACCAUCCACCAGCCCUCCUGGGACGUCUUCAAGGCUUUUGAUGAGCUGCUGCUGCUGAAGCGCGGCGGCAGCACCAUCUUUGCUGGGGAACUGGGUACAGGGGCCUCCAACCUGGUCUCCUACCUCCAGCAGUUCAAGGCGGUGACCCCCAUCACAGCAGGCUACAACCCCGCCACCUGGAUGCUGGAGGUGACGUCAGCCCAGGUGGAGGCCGAGUCUGACCUGAACUUUGCCGAUUGCUAUGCCAUGAGCAAGCUGGCAGAAGCAAACGACAGGGCUGUCGCCUCCCUGCAACGAUCAAAUAAUGGUCUAAAGCUAGACGUUAAAACCGGGAAGUUAAGCUUGUGGAGGCUCUUCCCCACCUUUACCUUUACCUUUACCCUGCGUGAGCCGCGGGAGGACGAGACAGAUCUUCGGCUGCAAGACCUGGCUGCUGCGUCAGUGCUUGUGCAGACCCGGGAGCUGCUUCUGCGUGACUUCCGGCAGUACAACCGCCUGCUCAACUAUGUUGGCACCAGGAUGGGCAUCACACUCAUCAUCGCUGUGUUCUUCGGAACCGUGCUGGCGGGACAGGGUGACAACGCUUACACCUACAACGGAAUCUUGAACAUCAUGGGCAUGCAAUACAGCAGUGUCAUGUUCAUUGGCAUCCUGAAUGCAAUGAUGGUGCAGUCGAUCAUCUCGGUCCGCAGGACGGUGUUUUACCGUGAGCGUGCGGGCGGCACCUACCAGGUGCUCCCCUUCUCUGCGGCUGAGUUUUUGGUGGAGGUGCCCUACCUGGCGGUACAGGCAGUACUGUACUCCUGUGUGCUGUACUGGCUGGUGGGGUUCCAGGCCGAAGCUGGCAAGUUUUUCUGGUUCCUGCUCAUCCUGUUCCUCACACUCCUGGUCUGGACAUUCUUCGGCAUCCACAACGUCCAGAUCACUCCCUCGCUGGCCAUCGCCAAUGCAUUCACUUCCUUCAUGUAUGGCGUGUGGGACCUGUUCUGCGGAUUCUACAAGCCUCAGUCGCUGAUACCCAAAGGAUGGAUCUGGAUGUACUGGCUGGAUCCCAUCUCCUACACCCUCUAUGGGCUCGUUGUUGGCGAGCUGGGAGACAACGAGGACCUCAUGGCGGACCAGAGCCCGCCCAUCACCAGGCAGGCAUCUAAAAGACCAGGCCAGGCUCCUCCUAUAAAUCAUCCCGGGCAGCGCAGCCGGCGCCAUGCCGAGGCGGGGCCAAACACCUCGAGCAGCAGCGGCUGGUGGAGCGAGCGGCAGCAGCGCAGGCACGAUGCUUGGGACGACAGGAGAGAGGCGGACGAGCAGAUGAUGCUGGCCACCACACCGCAGCGGGCGGCGCUGCAGGCGGGGCAGCGGGCGGCAGAAAUCCAGCAGGUUCAGGCGCGGCUGGACAGCACGGAGCCACUGCGCUGCUGGCCCACAGCUGGCCGGCAUGACGGCACUCCUUGCUGUUUCAGGAAGACUGGAACCAUGCCGGCAGUGUAUCACGGCCUUGGCGGCGUGGCGGGCUCCCUCGUGGUGCCCAUUUUUGAGUGCGCUUUGCACGGCGAGAAGAACGUCACAGCGCACCCGUUCCAGGUUGGCUGCGUGCCCAGCAGCCCUGUGAUCAACACUGUCUACCUCUCAGAAGAUUUGGUGGAGAUGUUCCGGCUGUUGCAGCUCAAAGACGGCGUUGGUGGGCAUGGCUUCGUGGAGGUUCACAACCUGAUGGCAAAUCGCCUCGACCCGCAGUACGGCCACCAACCAGCCACCAAUACUUGGUUACAGCUUAAUGACGAGAUGUUGCAGGAGGCUGCACACAAUGUGGGCGUCUGGCGGUCAUACGUGGCAGAGUUUGUGCGAUGUGCCCAGCUGCUGGACACCAGCGACCCCUUUGGCGAUUGCUUCAUUUGUGCCAGUACGUUCCGCGCCGCGCUGAACGACGGAACCCUUAUUGGGCUGUACCGCCUGGCCGUGAUGCUUGAUGCCUGCCUUAAGCCCUGCCACUUUGCGAUGGCCGGCCGCUCGCAGCCACAUUGCCCCAGUAUUUACACUUUUCUGGCUGCUGUGGCAAGGGGCGUGAUCAGCGACUUCGAGUCGGGCAAGCUGAACAGCGAGGCGCAGCAACGCUGGGCCGAGCAUUGCGCCGCCAGCGAGGCGAGUGGCGCCUGCAGCAGCAAUCUAACAUGCAGCCGCCCCUCUGCUAGCGCGCGCGGCGUGGUUGAUGUGUCUGGUUUAGCGGGCGUGUUCUGCAACCAUUGCGUGGCUGGGCGCGAUGCCAUGCUGGCAAUGCGCACUCCCGAGCAGUGGGAGUACCACAUCCGCACUUUCACCAGCGUGUUGCUGCGCCGGCCAGACAUCGCGGACGCCUACAUCGACAUCGGCUGCCGCCUGAAAACGAGCCUGCUAGCGGCGCUGCAGCGCCAUGUGGACGCUGGUGACCUGGCACCUGGGGUUUUGGAGAAGCUGAAUGUGAUGGUGCCGUGGAUGCAUGCAUUUGACCAUGACGUGCCCUGCCAGCUGCAGUUCAGCGGCUUGUACCAGGUAUGA